UGUCUCUUCCUAGAGUCCCAUUACCAUAAUAUAUAUUCAUAGACAUUCUUCUUUUUCAUAAUCAGUUCUAUUGCGAGCUUAAGAGAGAGAUGGAAGCAUAUUCCAUGAGCCAAGCACCUACAGAUGAGUGUACCCCUGAAGAGAGCAGUUGGACCAUGUAUUUGGAAGAUUUUGGGGUACAAAAUAAUAAUAUUGAUCACCAUCAAAGCUCAGCUCAUGAUCUGAUCAUCUCCUCUUCUUCUGAGAACUCUCUAAUCUCGGAUGCUGGUUCUUUAGUUGCUAAUAAUAUUAAGUUCACAGAUAAUACUGCUCGUGGAGAAUUUGAGCUUAAUCUAAGAUUGAAUAUUAUGAAUAAUAGAAGAUUGAGUUUCAAGAAGAGGAAAACCAAAGAAACUAACUUGGUACUUGAUGAUUCCUUGGAGGAUACUGCUAGUUCUCCUGUACAUAGUCCCAAGGUUUUUAACUUGAGCCAGUUUGGUCAUCAUAUGAAGUCAAAACAGAAUGACCAAAACAAUAUCUCUGAGGAGAUAAUAAUUACAGGAAGUACUUCUGGGCAAAUAGAUCAUCCAAAAUCAGUGAGCGACGCGCAAUUAAGUUUUAUUGGGAGUGAAAAUGAUCGAUACACACUUAAGAAAAAGGGUCUUUGCUUAGUUCCUCUAUCCAUGUUAGUGAACUUUCGGGAAUGAAGAAGUCGGCUAAAUAUGUAUAUAUAUAUAUAUAUGUAUAUCUCGCUUCCAAAUGUCCCACUUGAUCUACUUUGACAAUAUCUCUUUUCGGUUAUUGCGCAUGAUGAGACAAAUAUAUAUCAUGCAAAACUGUUUGUAGAUUGUAAAUAUACUAGCGUAAUUGAUAAUAUCAUCUGCAAAAAUAUAUCUACAAUUCCUAUCUCUUUAAAUUUUGAUAUAUAUUUGUAUACAGCAUAAAAUUAGAAAAAUAUUUUACG